AUGUUGAUACUAAUAUUAUUUUAUGCUGUACUCGUAAGUUCAGCCUCAAUUUUUGAUCAGACUUCCAAGAAAAAAUGUGUUCCUAUAACAAUAUCUUUGUGUAAAGACGCUCCUUAUAACUACACUUUCUACCCUAGUUCUUUGAUACAACAAGAUUUCAAAAAUCUCAAUUCACAAAUCGAUCACUUCAAGCCUCUGAUCAAGACAAAAUGCAAUCCGAAUAUUCAAUUCUUUAUCUGUUCCGUGUUUGCUCCGAUGUGUCCAUUGGAUCUUCCACAAGCGGUCAGAAGUUGCCGAUCAGUCUGUCUCGAGGUCAAACGGGAUUGUCAGUCUAUUUUGGAUGAAUUUAGUAUUGAAUGGCCGGAUAUUCUGGACUGUGCUAAAUUCCCAGAAGAGCCUGACCUUUGUAUGAAACCAGCGGAAACAAAGCCAGCAAGCACAUCACCUUCCUACCGUAAUGGAGCAGGAGUUCGAAGACCAUAUUUCGUAUCUUCAUGUCCUGAAGAUUUACUUGAUGUAGAUUCCAAUGAUCCAAAAGGAACUUGUGCUUACAAAUGCGGAGCAGAUGUUAUGUUUAACUCAGAGAAAAAAGCAGCUGCUAAAUCUUGGAUGAUCAUGUGGGGAACCGUCGAUUUGUCCAUUAGCUUGUUAACCUUCUUUACGUUCCUUAUUGACAGAAAACGUUUCCGAUAUCCUCAACGGUGCAUAUGUUAUAUGGCCUUAUGUUAUCUGAUGCAUUCCAUUCCGCACGUGUUUCCAUACUUCUGGUCUUAUGCUCAAAGAGCUUGUGACAAACUGGUUAAUGGACAUACAUUCUUGGUGUUCUCCGGGAUUGAGAAUACAAACUGUUUGAUGUCUUUCAUUUUAACUUUUUAUUUUGGAACAGCAAGUACAUUUUGGUGGCUUAUGUUUGCCUUCACAUGGUAUUUAUCGGCUGGGAGAAAAUGGGUUCCUGAAGGUGUCGAUGCUUGCGCCAGCUACUUACACUUCGUUGCUUGGGGAGCUUCAGCUGUGCUCACGAUUAUUGUACUGGUGCUAAGAAGAGUUGAUGCUUCCGAACUGUCUGGACUAUGUGGAGUUGGUCUCCUACAUCCAAGCUCUCUACUCACGUUCUCAAUAAUACCCCGUUUGUCACUGAUGGUCGUGGGGGUUAUCUUUAUGUUAUGUGGAUUAGCUAGUAUGUGCCGAGAAAGAGAGAGUUUCCGUCGUCGGGGAACUGAUACUUCAAAGCUCGAGAAACUGAUGAUUAAAAUGCUAUUGUUCUGUGUUUUAUAUCUGGUACCUUCUGUCACGGUUAUUGUUUGUGACUCAUAUCAUUACCUGACCAUGAUGAAAUGGUAUCCAGUGACAAUCGGCUGUAAAGAAUAUGGCGGCAUGACGCAAGCAAAAUGCACCCGUCCCGCAGAUCCAACGGUUGAGAUCUACUUCGGUGGCAUAAUGAUGUCCUUGAUGAGCUCGAUCUCCUGUUCGAUAUGGAUACUUUCUCGCAAAUCUCUACAAUCAUGGAAGCAUCUCAUAUUCUGUGGAUUAUGUGGAUCUGCGCCGCAAAAACCACAAACUUCCUCAGGAGCUGCUUCGCGUCCUCUGUUGGAGCCUCCAACCGCACCUCCACCACAUCCUCCUUCGUCUCAUUACUUACCGAUGUCCACUCAUUCACAUAAUAUCUGGAAGACAUCUAAAGUAGUUUAG